AUGGAUUUGGUUUUGAAUAUUUUAGACAAAGAUGUAACACGAACUGACCGAACACAUGAAUAUUUUCAAGGAGAGAAUAAUGCUCAUGUUCAAGUACUUCAUGAUAUAUUAAUGACUUAUAAUAUGUACAAUUUUGAUUUGGGUUAUGUACAAGGUAUGAAUGAUUUAUUAAGUCCAAUAUUGGUAAUAAUGGAAGAUGAAAUUGAUGCGUUUUGGUGCUUUGUUGGAUUGAUGUCACGAAUGGACCAAAAUUUCCAUAUGGAUCAAUUACAUAUAAAAUCUCAACUUAGUAAUCUUCAUACACUUCUUCAAUUUAUUGAUGCGGAACUCGCAAAAUAUUUGGUUGAAAAUAAUGCUAGUAAUAUGUAUUUUUUCUUUCGAUGGGUGUUAAUUUGUUUUAAACGUGAAUUUUUAUUUGAUGAUGUUAUGUAUUUAUGGGAGUUUUUCAACGAUUUAUCCUGCAAUCUCGAUUUGGAUACGUGUCUUCUAUCGGCUGAAAAACUCUAUAUUCAAUUAGCCACACAUCGUGAUAUUCCUACAUCCAUCGCGAAGAUUUUUGGUCUUCCAACUGGACCUAAUCAACAAUAUUUAUCAGCUGUAGAAAACGCCACAUAUCCACGUAAAGUUUAUACAGAACAACCACGUGGUACAAUGAAUUUAGAUAAUUCAUAUUUUCGUCAAGAAUCUGAACCAUCAUUAGUUCCAGUUCAACAUGAAACAAGAGAAGCAGUACUUAAUGAUUUUUUUACAAUGACACCAUUUAUGGAGUUUUAA